AGUGUGUAUGAGGUGAGCUGAGGGUGGACGGAGCUCAGACAGCAAAAAGCUGAACCUACAGACGCACACGCAGUCCUCAAGACAGAAAACCUCAAGACCAUGACGAUAGGCAAGAGCUCCAAGAAGAACAAGGCUCCUCGCUCUCCUCCUUUUUUGGACCGGGCCAGUGGAUUCUACGGACGUUUAGAUGAAACGGAAGCUGAGUUGGGGAGGGAGGCGGAGACCAGAGGGAAAGAGCCAACAACAAAGACCACAGUAGGAGAAAGGAGCAGCGUGGAGCGAGUCACAGAUGAACGAGAGCAUAGCAUUUUUGACUUCAACCAGGGCAUGAUGGAAGACGACGGGGCCAUGCUGCUGCAGAGAAAGCCCAGCCGUCUGAGCCGCCGCUGGAGCAGAAAAAGCUCCAGGAGGACCAAGGUUGAGCAAAACUGCCUGGAGAAGGAGAGCCAAAGCAAAGGAACUGAGAGCGAGAGAGUUUCUGCUGUGGAACAGAACCCAGACAUACAGUCUGACAGCAAAGCUGAAGCAAGAUCCACCAGCAGAGCUCCAGAGCCAAUGCUGGUCCACUUCUCCAUCCAAGUAGAAGCUGAUGAUCAGGCGCUCAUCUCAGAAAGAAAGGAGAAACUGAGAGAGAUGGAGGAGGAGAAGAGAGGAGAAACGGAGGAGAAAACAGGUCGAGAAAAUAUGAAGGUCAUGAAAAGGAGCACACUCAGGAGUUAUCGCAAGGCCUUUGACAGAGCAUUUCGCAGAGGCUGGGAAACCUUUGUUGCAAACCUGUACACCGUGACCCUCACACCCAUCUCCUCCUCCUCAUCAUCCUCACAGACCACAUCCACAAUGAACCAAAACAUUGCUCUGGCAGAGUACAGAUAAUAUAGAAUCAGAAACUGCUUUGUUUUGCAAAUAACAUGUACAUUUCAGUGAUUAAUUGACUGAAAAUGUGUUCCAAUAUGAUAUUUAUUAUAAUAGUUUAGGACAAAAUAAAUUUGAGCUAUUUAUAUUUACCCUGUUAUGUAAUCCAGGUUUAUUACUAAUCAUAAAACUAUACAGCAUGUAGAGUCUGCUGUAUAGCUCAGGGUUUAUAGCUGCACUAAUGGAAACGUGUAUCUUACGUCCGACCGUAUAAUUUAUACUGAUCUGUAAUUUUUAUGGUCCUGUAUUGUGUAAAGUUCAGAGUCUAGCGCUGGUCCUGUUUUAGCAAGGUUACAAUGCUUACUUUUGAAUACUUGGCUUUUGCCUUACAUGUAGUGCUGACUGGGGGCAAAGUGAACUAACAUACUGUUCCUGCCUACAUAAACACAGGGUCUUUGGCCUAGAGAACACGUACCCCCUUACACCACCUACUGGAGCGUUUUAGGACUUCUUCCAAAUGUUAUGAAACAGAAGAGCAGGGAACAGAAUAAUGGAGACAGAGGGCGUUGGCUUGUCUGAAAUCUCCAAUACUGGGAGCUCAACUUAACACUUUUUUCUUUUUCCAGAACCCUCUUCAUUACAUUAAUUAGCAUCUUUUUGGCCAUGAAGCGUAUGACUGAGCCAGCUGGUUGAGGUAUCUGUACUGACCACAAAAUAUGUGCAAAGAAUUAAUACAUCUUGAGAAAAUAGUUUCUGAUCAAAAGCAUAGAUGGUCAAGAGGGUCUAUUUUGUUUGUUUAUUUUUUAUUUUGAUUUUAAGAUUAGGAAAAGGCAAUGGAAACUUUUAUAAUUCUUUUUUUUAAAUUAUUUUUAUGUCUUAAUUCAAAGUUUCCUUUUCAACAGAAUUUCAUGUAAUAAAGAGAAAUGAAACAUGAGACAUGACAAUAUUUGCAAGAUCAUUUUUUGAGUGCAUGUAAAUAAAACAACCUUAAGUAUAUAUGUUAUUAAAAUAACCUAGAUCUAUAUUUUGUUAUUUAGAUACACAGGGUUGGGAUAGCUACUGAAAAAUCAGUAGUUAGCUACUUUCUUAAAAUGUGUAGGUAGCUACGAUUUAGCUACUUUUCCAGAAAGAGUGGUGGCCACUUUUUAGCAACUUUUUGAAGAGUAGUGCAUUACUCUUUAGCUACUUUCAAAGCAUGAUUCACAAAGAUUAAUCCUAGCCACUGCACAGACACGGCUUUUAAUCCUGUACCUGAAAGAUACACACAAUUGAAAAGCUGCAAAUACACAAAAAGAUCACCAAAACGUGUAACAACAAUCAAACUUACACAAAACUUACACAUUAAGACUAAAUACAAUCAUUCCAGGUUUUUCCUAACAAAAAUCAACAAAAAUAAAUGAAUAUAAACCAGA